AUGGACUCGGAUAACUCCUCGGAUGAAGGUGUCCAAACUGGCCCUUCUUUUGCCGCUAAAGCGACGGACACGCUGCUGGAGCCUUUACGCGUCCUAGUUUCCAGAAAUGCCCUGACGGCCUAUCUGAGUACUUUUAUGUUCUUUGCGACUGCUAUAUGCAUGAUAUUUGUGUCCGCCCUCGCAUACGGCGUGUUCUACUACAACUUCAUACCGCGAGUCGGACUUGAGCGCAUUGUCCAUUUACAGUUCGGAGAUGGCCAUCCGUGGGGCAUCGCGGCUCUCGAAUCGGGUCUGAUCUCGUCCCAAGCGUACGAUGUCCAUGUGGAACUCGAGCUCCCCCGAACUCCAUCAAAUCUGGCUACCGGGAACUUCAUGCUAGAUCUGACGCUGCUGUCUCAAUCUUCGACGUCCGCUCGGACUGUGGGGGAAAUCACCGCGCCGCCAAUUUCUCACUCCCGUCGCCCCGCAAUCCUGACGUAUGCCUCGCCUCUGGUUGAUAUCUCCUCAAAAGUCUCAUUUAUGCCUCUAUAUGUUCUAGGCUGGAAGCGCGAGGCUGAGCGGUUGGCUGUACCGAUGAUGGAGCGCGUUGAGUUCUCUCGGGGGACACAUAAUGUCCCUGAUACUCUGCGACUCGAGAUUCAGAGUGAGGAAAAGAUGCAGUUCUAUUCAGCGAAGGUGAAAUUUACGGCGAGUUUUACUGGGUUACGGUGGAUUAUGUAUCACUGGAGGAUCCCGUCAUUCUUUGUCUUCAGUUUCAUGUUCUGGUCCGUCUCUAUGCUCUCCUUUUCUCUCUGUUGGAUUCUUCUUGCUUGUUUGUCCAAUAAGGAUGUGAAGACGGAGGAAGAAGAAGAAGAAGAAGAAGGUGGUGUCAAGGAAGAGGAGGACAGUGGAACUGAACCCACGAUCAAGGAGGAGCAAUCUGAGAAGCUUGGUCUUCUGGAUAUUGAAUCAACUGCCGAAACUUCCGACAGGGAAAGCGAGACCGACUCAGACGAUGGAGUGAACCAUCUGUAUGACGUGGGGCGAAAACGCAGAAUAACGACAGCCGAGUCAGGGCCGUUGGAGGCUGCUGGAUCUGGAACAGGGACAGAAAGCGCCGGUCCUUCAGGUGUCCAACGAAGGCAAAGCAGGUUAUUUAAGGAGGAGGAUAGCUAG